AAGAACUAGAGGAACUGCGGUGAGGGGAAAGGUGUCGUUCCUGUUCCCGUCCUCCGGCCUCAACCCCCACCAUGUUUUAGAAGAGAGACGAGAAGUGGAAGGUUUGAACAUGUCGCGCCUGAAGGUAUCAGCGGAGCGGGAUUCCCGGGCGGGUUUCAGAUCUGAGAAGACAGACUGCGGCAACUCAGUACCUCAGGGAUUGUUAAAGGCGGCGAGGAAGAGCGGCCAGUUAAAUCUGUCGGGUAGAAACCUCAGUGAAGUGCCUCAGUGUGUCUGGAGAAUAAAUGUGGAUAUUCCUGAGGAAGCUAACCAGAAUCUUUCAUUUGGUGCUACUGAGCGAUGGUGGGAACAGACCGAUUUAACCAAACUAAUCAUAUCGAACAAUAAACUUCAAUCACUUACAGAUGACCUCAGACUCCUGCCUGCACUGACUAUUCUUGAUAUACAUGAUAAUCAGCUAACAUCCCUUCCUUCUGCUAUAAGAGAGCUAGAAAAUCUUCAAAAACUUAAUGUGAGCCAUAACAAAUUGGAAAUACUCCCUAAGGAAAUUACAAAUUUAAGAAACCUAAAGGGCUUGUAUCUCCAGCAUAAUGAACUAACAUCUAUACCAGAAGGAUUUGAACAACUCUUCAGUUUAGAAGAUUUAGAUCUUUCCAACAAUCGUCUCACAGCUGUUCCUGCUAGUUUUUCUUCUCUAUCCAGUCUGCUGCGACUUAAUCUUUCCAGUAAUCGACUGAAGAGUUUGCCAGCAGAAAUAAGUAGAAUGAAAAGAUUAAAGCAUUUGGAUUGUAAUUCAAAUCUCUUAGAAACUGUACCUUCUGAACUGGCUGGCAUGGAUUCACUGGAAUUGCUUUAUUUGCGGAGGAAUAAAUUACGUUUUCUGCCAGAAUUUUCUUCUUGUAGACUAUUGAAGGAAUUGCAUGUAGGUGAAAACCAGAUUGAAAUGUUAGGGGCAGAACACCUUAAGCAUCUGAAUUCUAUCCUUGUGCUAGACCUGAAGGAUAACAAGUUAAAAUCUGUUCCAGAUGAAAUUAUACUACUACAGUCUUUGGAAAGGCUUGACCUAAGCAACAACGAUAUUAGCAGUCUGCCCUAUACAUUGGGGAACCUUCGUUUGAAAUUCUUGGCACUAGAAGGGAAUCCUCUGAGAACGAUUCGAAGAGAAAUUAUAAAUAAAGGAACUCAAGAAGUCCUAAAAUAUCUACGAAGCAAAAUUAAAGAUGAUGGACCUAGCCAAAAUGACUGUAUUACUGAGACUGCCAUGACACUACCAAGUGAAUCCAUAGUCAAUGUACAUGCCAUAAUCACAUUAAAAAUAUUAGAAUAUAGUGAUAAACAAACAACUUUGAUUCCUGAUGAAGUGUUUGAUGCAGUAAAAAACAACAUUAUCACCUCUAUUAACUUCAGUAAAAAUCAGCUAUGUGAAGUUCCAAAAAGGAUUGUGGAACUGAAGGACAUGGUUUCUGAUGUCAAUCUCAGUUUUAACAAGCUUUCCUUUAUUUCACUGGAUUUAUGUUUGCUUCAAAAAUUGACUUUUUUAGAUCUCAGAAACAAUUUUUUAAAUUCUUUGCCUGAAGAAAUGGAAUUGCUGAUAAGACUACAAAUGAUCAAUCUUUCCUUUAAUAGGUUCAAAAUAUUACCUGAAGUUCUGUAUCGUAUCCCCACACUUGAAACAAUUCUAAUUAGUAACAACCAGGUUGGAUCUGUGGACCCUCAGAAAAUGAAGAAAAUGGAAAAUUUGACCACACUGGACCUUCAAAAUAAUGAUCUCCUACAAAUUCCACCAGAGCUCGGUAAUUGUGUAAACUUAAGAAAAGAGAAUCCCAGUGCCUGGUACAUAGUAAGCAUUCAAACAUUACUACUAGAUGGAAAUCCAUUCCGUGUUCCUCGAGCAGCCAUAUUAAUGAAAGGAACAGCUGCUAUACUGGAAUAUUUGAGAGACCGAAUUCCUACUUAAAUCGAAAUUGUUUUAUAAUCCUAGUCAAAUUAGUUCUUAGAAGGAUGUAACAUUUUCUUUUAGUAUCAUCCUAAAGCUGAUUGCACUAAUUGAUCUUUUAUUUCCCCCAAUAUCACCUAGCCAUUGAUAUAAUUGGCCUGGGACAUAUUCACUGCCACUGAAUAUUUUUACACUGACGACUAUUUAACAUUUUUCUAAUGUCUUGUGUACAUUUAUAGUGAUGAUAACCACAUGUAGUGUUCAUACACUGUGCUCUGAAUGUUUUCCAUGGGAUUUAUCCUAGUCACUUUCAUUCUCUUAUAACAAACUGUUCUUCAAAAAUGAAUUUUUGUUUAACAUGGUUUAAUAUUUUUAUAAUGAAAAAUUUUUGUAGAAGUGUUUUUUUUUUUUUUCCAGUUCUGUUUGUUUUACAUGUAGUGUGGCCAAUUGACUUGAAUAUAAUGAUCCAAUUUCUACCUUUUUAUUAGACAUAAAAUUGAUUUGUAUUUUGUUAAAUACAGUUCUUUGACAUUUAGAAAAAUAAGACUUCAUUAUCUGUGACUUUUGUUAUGGGGUUGGUCUCAUUACAAGUUUUAAUUAACAUUACUAUUUUGUUUUUUUGUAGUCUAGUUGAAAUCUUUUUUUUCUAGCUAUUGGGUAGGUCUAUUUACCCUGCGUUAUGAAAUCAUUUUUAUCAGAGUUGUUAAUAUCACAGAAAUGCCAUACAAGAUAGUUAUUGAUGGAAAAAAAAUAGAGAAAGUAUUGCUGUAAAUGCAUUUGCAAUUUUGAAUUUAAACUUGUAAAGUUUUUUUUUUUUUUUGUGAUGUCUUAGUACUAAAUUUCCAUACGAUAAUCUAGUACUUUUAGAUUCAAGAGCAUUCAAGAAAUCAGUCUGCAUAUUUUCACCUCAGCUACACUGUGAGCAUUUUUAAAAACUUGAUGUCCCUUAAAAAAAGAAACAUUAUUGGAGACCAUAUCUUAUUAAUUCUAUCUCAAAUUUGUUAUUUCUAAAUGUGCAGGAAUUUAGAUAACAGCAACAGACAACAAUUAGUAGCAUAUUGCAUGGAAAUCUUGAUAUAUACUGUGCAUAAACACUAAGCAUGCGUUUGUAUGCCUAACCUGCUCUGUGUGUGUUUGGAUCCAACCCUGUGCAUCUUUUUAUUUUCAUCACCUUAACUUUAGAAUUUGCUUACAAGCUUGCUAAGACCAAAUUUCUAGUUGUGCAGCAGUUUUCUAAAGGAAAUUUGUUAUAGGCAAAUCUGAUUUUCUAAAAGUCAAAUAUAAAAAUUUUUGUUGAAAGCAAAAAUAUUAGAAGUAGGCUGAUUGGUCAUUAUAAAAUUAAAUUUAACCAUAAGAUUCUGUUAAGCAGUUAAUUCAAAAGUAUGUGUAUCAAUUUGUGUGUGUGUGUGUGUGUGUGUGAGUAUAUAACUUUUGGAAGAUUGAGGCAUGCUCAUAUUAUGAAAAAAAUCAGUGCUAAUAAAAAUAAAUACUAUAUUUCAUAAUAAAAGUUGCAUAGUCAAUAUUUCAGAUUUUCAAAAAAAAUUUCAAAUAUUAUGUUUAUGUUUUUUGUUUAAAAGAAAUAUGCCCUUUUCACUACCACAACUUUAAGACCAAAUAAAAAGUCUGCUUUGAUAUUAAACAAGACACAUUACAGUAAGGUGACAUUUUAUUGUUUAUACAAUAAAGAGACUUUUAUGUUAUUCAAAACACUUUUUUUAAAUACUGAAAAAGUUGAGUACACCAAAGCCGAAAAAUGGCUCUGCUAUAUACUGCACAGCAUUAUUUUAGUCCCUGUAUUUUGUAUCUGUACAGAAAGCAUCUUCAGAAUGCAUUCUAAUCACAUUGUAUACCUUUACCGAUUAGUGUUAAUACAUAAAAUAAAACUGGAAGAGUACAACUUGCAUUUGCAAAUUAACUGACAGUAAUUAAUUUCACUGAUUCAGUAAACUUAAAAUAUAGAUUCAUAGGACUUUUUGCACAUAAAAUGAAGCAGCUUUCAAGGUUGUUAUGGUCUAAUACUGCAAAAAAAAAAACCAUUAAGUACAGUCACAAUCUAUGUUAAUAAAGUAAAUAUGUCUUCAUUCAGUUUAUUUACAUUAAUAUGUAGUUCAACUAAAAAUUACUAUUGUUUGUGAUACAGUAGUCUUUUAGACACAUACAAAAAUGACAAUUUUAUAUAUAUAAUUUAAGCUCAAAAUCACAAUUAUCUCAAAAUAGUAAUUACAGUACAGCCAUUUCAAUUAAACAUAUCGUGAUAACUUUUUAUAAAAUGGUAAAAUUUUUUAUUAAAGUAAGCAAUUUGUUUUGAAUUGGCUAGAGUACACCCAAGUAGAAAACCUUAAAUGUUAAGAGGUGUUUCCCGCCCCCUCCCACCCAAAUUUGUAUAUAACCACCUAAGCUAGCAAAGAGACAGAAAAGGCCCCAAUUUUUAAAGUUUAAGCCUCUUUUGCUAUACUGCUGUGGCUUGUUGAUAUUUCCAUAAAGCUUUACAAGGGGAAUGUCAGUAAAUUAUGCAAUGAAAUGCAUGCAUUAAUAUACAGUAUGUCUACGUAAAAUGUUAGUGCUUACUAAUGCACUUUAAAAUGUUCACAAAGACUGCAAAAGAAAGCAUAAAUAAAGAAGUACUUAUUAAGAUCUACUAAUCACAUAUUGUAAACUUGAAAACUACUUGAUAAUAUUAUGGAAUUUCUUUGAAAGCAGAUCCCAAUUCAAGUUCUUUCUCUGAAGGAGUUCUAGUUACUUGGCCUUAAGAUGUCACUGUUGUGCUGCACAUAUGGUAAUGGAAUCAGAUAUCAAAAGAAACAGGAGUCUAGAGACUGUCUUCAUUUUACUAAAAUAAUGGCCUGAAGUUGCAUUGCUGCUUGGGAAUUUUUCUUAAACCUAUGGAAGAGUGAAAUACUUCACUAAAUGACCUCACUUAUGAAAAAUGGAAAAUCUGUGUGUAUGUGUGUGUUUUUAGCAUAUGGGAAAAGAUAAAUCUACGUAGGUGGAAUCAGAACUUCUUUAUAUAUUACUAAAAGGAUUAUGUCAAACCAACCAAGGUUAAAAGUAAUCAUUAUAAAAUACUUUGGAAUCAAAGAAUAAUUUUCAUGGAUACUUUAAAAAAUCUGAAAUCCUAGUAUCUUUUUAUUUAUAAUGCUUAACAAAUCAAUUAAAAACCUGUCACUGUCUUGGUUUAGCAAUGCUGCUGAUAGUUGAAUUAUGUCCUCUCUAAAUAGAAAGAGACCACAGCUCAUAGUAUGGUUUACUUAUAUACAGACGGGAAGGGGUGUGCUUGGGUGGUUAUAAAGUGAGAAAAGUGAAAUUACAGUACUUGCAAACUUAUGCUUACAGGGUUAUUUGUGAUGGUCUUUGAAAUUUACAAAUGGAAUUUAGUGGAUUUACCCCUGAUUUUCAGUUAAACUUUGAAAAACUUCCUCUUUCAUAUGAAGACAAUGUCCUCAUUGUUAUGCUACCUUGAGUCCCUUGAACUCAGUGAGAACAAAGAGAAACAAUUUGCUUUUUAAACAAAAAGUGUCUGAUUUGUCUAUUAAUUAUCUUUUUUCUUCAUUCCAAACAGAAAAUAGUAAGGCUUGCAUUUUUGAGGAGGAAAAUGUACUUGAGGGUGAUAAAAAGGGAAAUGCCUAAAUAUCAUAAAGCAGAAUUCAAACACUUAUUGCAUUCCAUUGACACUAGGUGUCAUCAAAACUAAAAUGAUUUCCUACAGUAAAACUUAUACAAGAUUCGUUACAGACCUGAACAAAUGCAUUUUCCACAUUCAAAGCCAUUAAGAGUCCUCUGAGUGGAAAGAUUCUAGAAGUAUUGAAAAUAAACACUUUUCAAUUACAUUCUGAAAAUAAAUUUCCUUUCUAGCUAAUAUGGGAACUGCUUUAUGCUAUCUGCCUGAGAGUUGCAUCUUGGUUUUCCCAUGGACCUUCCAAAACAUAAGAUUUCCUGACUAAAUAAGAGAUGUUCUUAGUAGGAUGGGGAAGAGGAAGAGGAGCAGAGAGAUAUAAAGAAAUGUGAUUUCUUUUGUCCAUUUGCCAGAUGCUUUCCUUUAUGUAGCUAUCAUAAAAGGUCAAUUGACCUGCAUAUCUGGACAUUAUUUAACCUCAUUACUUUAACUGUGCAAAAUAAAUGUGCAAAGAAAAACACCUAUGUAUGUGUCUACAUAUAGACACAAAACCUGAGUCACAAUAAAAGUUUUUAAUAUAAGAAAACUUUUCUUAAUGUAGGAAAAUAACCUCUAAAGG